GGCUAUUGUGAAUGGUCACUCAAUAAACAAAUUUCCAAUUGACUAGCGGAAUUACAUUUUCUAGAAAAAUAGCGACGUUUUUUUCCAAAUCACCGAUUCAUAUUUCAUCUAAACCAGAAUGGCCCACUACAAAGGAGCUGCCAGUGAAGCUGGGCGUGCUGCCCAGCUCAUGAAAAAACGUGAAAUACAACAACAAGAAAUUGAAUUUCGCAAAAAGAAAAUCGAAGAGGAACUGAAGCUGGACAAGAUUGAAAAUAAAUUCGCGACCCAUUACGAUGCAGUGGAACAACAGCUCAAAACAUCGACCAUUGGUUUGGUCACCCUGGAUGAGAUGAAAGCCAAACAGGAAGACAUAGUCAGGGAACGUGAAAAGAAACUGGCCCAGAAAAUCGACGAAAAGGAAAGAGAAAAACAACGGGCUCUGGAGGCAAUACAGGCUGAAAAGAACAAACAGAAGAAGCAAAUCAAAACACUGUCAUUUAGUUUUAACGACGACGAAGAAGAGGAGGAUGACGACGGCUCAGACGAAGAUAAAAAUGAUGUGGCGCAGGAAGAAGAAAAAACGGAAAAAUCCAAGGUGGAGAAAAAGAAGUGGACCGACAUAAAACCGGAAGACAUACAGACUGUGCCCAAGAAAAGAAUAUGUAAAAAUCCGGAUGUAGAUACUAGCUUCCUGCCCGAUCGUGAUCGUGAGGAGGAGGAAAAUCGCCUCCGAGAACAGUUGCGCCAGGAAUGGGUAAUGCAACAGGCAGCACUGAAAGACCAAGAAAUAACAAUUACCUUCAGUUACUGGGAUGGAUCCGGCCAUCGACGCAGUGUUGUCAUGAAAAAGGGCAAUUCCAUCUAUCAAUUCCUGCAAAAAUGUCUGGAAGUUUUGCGCAAGGAAUUCAAUGAAUUGAAAACGGUUAUGGCCGAUCAAUUAAUGUAUGUCAAGGAGGAUUUAAUACUGCCACAUCAUUAUACAUUCUAUGAUUUUAUUGUGACCAAGGCCAGAGGUAAAUCGGGGCCGCUAUUUCAAUUUGACGUACAUGACGAUGUGCGUCUCAUAAGUGAUGCCUCGGUGGAAAAGGAAGAAUCACAUGCCGGUAAAGUGCUGCUGCGCCAGUGGUACGAAAGAAAUAAACAUAUUUUCCCCGCCAGUCGUUGGGAGCCGUACGACCCCACCAAAUCUUAUGAUAAAUAUACGAUUAAGGAUAAGAAGAAGUAAAUGAAUGUGAAUAAUGAUAGAGAAAUAUAUCUAUGUGGUACAAA